GACCGAGGAGAGUGACUCGCUGCAGAAAGCUGCAGCGGAGCUCGCAGGACUUCGCGACGCGCAAGCGAGGCUGAAGAAGGCCUUGCAAGCGGAGUGCCCCAAAGGUGGGAAGGAUUCCGCGAGCACUGGCGCCGUGGCGCCGAAGCCGAAGCGGACGAACUGCGGCGGACGGACGGCCGUGGACUUCUCCCUGUUCACCCGAGCCCGCUGGGAGGCAGAGCGCCGAAAGGGCGCAUCUAUGCUUGCCGGUAGCGAGGGCGAUAGCGUCAAAGUCUUCACGCAGGAGAUGCCCAAAGCCUUCCCGGAAGAGAAGGCUUGCACGCAGGUGAAGGGCCGGCACAUCUUGGUUAACAACGUGGAGAAG